CUGCCAACCGUAUGUCUAACCUUGGCCUUAAAUUAAGACCAAAAAGCAAAUGUUUGUUUUCAUGAAUAUUUACGAUGGCUGUGGUAACUAGUGGAAACCCAAUAACUUUCCUACGCGAUGCACAUCAAUAACAGGCUCUCUGAUUGGUCAGGGACACCUGAACGGUGCAUUUGUAAAUGGCUUUCCUUGGGAAUAAUGUAACGUUUUAUUUGUUGUAAUGUAUUAUCAGCACCUUAAAGCAUUUUGUCGCAAUUUUGAGUAACAUUUUGUUGAUCGUCUUGGAUCUGGGAAACGAUGUCGGCCGCAGAAGGCGAUCGCAGUUCGGAACAACUGAAUAAAUUCGAGAAACUGACAGUGAGGCCUCCAGUCAGAGUAGCAGGUCUCCAUAUGCCCCCAGCUCGGAGCGGGCAUCGCUGCGUGGCAGACAACACCAACCUGUACGUGUUCGGGGGGUACAACCCAGACUAUGAUGAGUCGGGCGGCCAGGAGAACGAGGACUACCCGCUGUUCAGGGAGCUGUGGAGGUACCACUUUGCCACGGGCACCUGGCAGCAGAUCCGUACAGAGGGCUACAUGCCCACCGAGCUGGCCUCCAUGUCAGCUGUUUUACAUGGAAACAAUCUGCUGGUGUUCGGUGGCACUGGGAUUCCCUUUGGGGAAAACAACGGGAAUGACGUCCACGUCUGCAACGUCAAGUACAAGCGGUGGUCGCUGCUCAACUGCCGAGGGAAGAAGCCCAACCGAAUCUACGGACAGGCGAUGGCCAUCAUUAACAGCUUCCUGUAUGUGUUUGGGGGUACGACGGGUUACAUCUACAGCACAGACCUGCACAGACUGGACCUGAACACCAGAGAGUGGAUCCACCUCAAACCCAACAACCCACCAGACGACCUGCCUGAGGAACGGUACAGACAUGAAAUAGCACACGACCGUCAGAGGAUAUACAUCCUGGGAGGAGGGACUUCCUGGACCUCCUAUCCUCUGGACAAGAUACAUGCGUACAACCUGGAGACAAAUUCCUGGGAGGAGAUAUCAACCAAGCCUCAUGAUAAAAUAGGGUACCCUGCUCCCAGGAGAUGUCACAGCUGUGUGCAGAUAGGGAACGAUGUGUUUCUAUGUGGAGGUUACAACGGUGAAGUCAUUGUGGCUGAUCUGUGGAAGAUCAACCUGCAGACGUUCCAGUGGACCAAGCUCCCAGCAGUGAUGCCUGAGCCAGCCUAUUUCCACUGUGCUGCUGUGACCCCGGCUGGCUGCAUGUACAUCCACGGUGGUGUGGUGAACAUCCACGAGAACAAGAGGACUGGCUCCCUGUUUAAGAUCUGGCUGGCAGUGCCCAGCCUACUGGAGCUGUGCUGGGAGCGUCUGCUCAAGGCACCCCAGCUGGCUCAGUUACCCACCAUGCAGCUCCUCCACCUGGGCCUCACACAGGAACUCAUCGAGCGCUUGAAAUAAAGGAGGAAGGAUGGAUGAUGUCGGAUGGAGAACACAGGAUUUAUUUUUAAGGGGGUCGUCUUGAAGGAGUUGAUGGUCCCUCUGCCUACGUAGCCCCGCCUUAAAACCAAAAACAAUGGGAUGCCUUUUUUCUUUUUGCGUUUGGACGUCUGAUUUUAAAGGGAAUCCAAGUGGAAUGUUUCUUGACCCCGCCCCCAUUCCCCCCUCCCGCCCCCAUUCCCCCGUCUUGUCUUUGUGUUAAGCAAGGUCGCCACCCCCUCACACACGCUUCUAGCCUCUCAAUCCGCCUGCCUACAGACCCAGAAAUCAUUUGCUCCACGGCUUUCAGAUUCACGUCGACCCUCGCUACUUUCUCAUUUUAUAUUGGCCUUCAUGACUUUAAUAAGAAUGCCAUUUCAGAGGAAUGAUUAUUUAUUUGAAGGACAUUUAUUUGUAUGUAUUUUCAUGAGACAUUCUGUUCGCCAUCUCUCUCACAUUUAUUUUCUCUCUACGUACAAUUAGGAAAGUUAGACUUGGAGUCAGAUGAAAAGUUACACCAGACAGUUGGCAUGUUUUUGUGUUACAAGGGGAAGGUAGUAUUGGUACCACCCUCAUGCCAGCCUUAGACACAGGUUGUCGUCACCACUUUUCCCUGUUCAAGGCUUAUUAACAGACAGUCUGAUUUUAAUAGUUUAUAUGUGUGAAGAACAGACUGAUGCUACUGUAGUUGGGUCUCUAAUAGACCACUUCCCUUUCACCUAAUAUCACACCACACUCCUCAUACCCAUUUAACACUGAUUCAGUUAUCCAAUAUGCAUUCAGGUAUCUUGGAUACAGGUAUUUGAAACAAUUAUCUCUGGUAGUUAUCUCUGAUAUACAGUUCUCUGUGAUGGUUAUCUGUAUCAGUGUCCCAAAUUGCACCCUAUUCUCUCUAUAGUGCACUACUUUUGACCAAGGGACUUAUCCCUUAUACCCACCAUAGUAGAAGCCUAAUAUCAAUGGAAGAUGGGUAAGAGUCAAAACACCUGGUCUCCAUUCAUUCUGAACUGUAUCAGUCACUUUAGUAUGCUUGUGGAAAGUCCAUUUGUAAACUAAAUCAUCCCAUCACUGUGAAUAUGGUGCUCCUUAAAUGUUUUUAUUUAAAUAAAAUUUUCAAUUUCUGUUCCAACUUUUACUCCAUCUUUGCUAAUAGAACAUAAAUAUUAACAGAUUUUUGUGGAUCGGUUUUAAGUAGAAUACUGACAUUGAUCUGAUUCAUUCAGUGCCUUUCCCAAAGUUUCAAUGAUAUUGAAGUACCACAACCUAGACAGAAGGUAACACGAGUAAUGGUUUAGCUCGAUCCAAACAUACUGACCAUUUAAACAUGACUCCCAUUUGGGAUCGCUUCUCCUUCUCUAUAAUUUCCCCUCCCAUCAAAGAGAACAUAUGCACCACUUGUCAGAUCAGUCAACAUUGCAUUGAUGAAUCUUUUCAUUCUGUGCCCUUUCCAAACACAUUGCUUGACAAUGGAGCAGUUCAAUCAUUGGACAAAUAGUUGAAGCAGCAAUAAUGUGGGAAUAUGUAUUUAUGCUGCUGUAUUUAUGGAUGCUUUAGAGUUCAUGUUGUACUUGGGAGCUGAAUCUGAACAGUAUUCUGCUGUUAAGGCUCAAUGUAUGCAGACAGAGUGCCAGGGUCAGAUAAUCAACACAGAUCAGAUUAUGAGUUGGGAACGUGGUUUAACGCCAAAUAUUAUGGCACCUUGAAUUCAAUGCCAUUAAAUCUGCCUUGUGGAACAAAAUAGUAUUUAUUGAUCGUUGCCAAGGGGGUAGUUUAAAAUGUCAAUGAAUACCCAUGAUUCCCUACUCCCCAUCAAGGAAAUGCCUAAAUCUGUGCCUGUCCUCAUUCUAUUACACCUCUUCUCCGCAUGUCAUUAGUCACCUUUUAAGUUGGAAAAGUCGUCUCCCCUGGACUUGAAUCCUUGCUGUGCAGCAAAUGGUUAAGGCGAUCGCUGAAUUGAGAAUUGUAUUGGUGAAUGUUUAAUUUUUCGAUUGUUGACGAGUCAAUAAACAUGUACUGUAAA